AUGGAGCAAGAAGAUGACAUGUUAGUUGUUAUAAUAGGCGAUGAAGAUGAAUUCAGUCGUGUUACAGAUAUUAAAACUGAAGUAAAAGAAGAAAAUGAGUUUGAAAACAAAAACUACAAGGAAAGUAGAGAGAAACUAAGAACCAGAAUGGUUAAGCCAUGGCAGCAAAGGUCUCUUGUUCAGGAACUAAAACAGCAGUAUCCCGAACUUCAAAACGAUAAAAAUAACCUAAUCAAAACAUUGGCAGAGAUCAUGAAAACUGUGAAUCCUCCUCCGCCACCGUUAGAUUAUUAUAUUAUGAAUGGCAUAAUGCUAGAAUGCAUACAUUGCCAUGCUAUGUCACAAUCAAUACCCGCUGCUGGGCGUCACUAUCAAGAGAAACAUGGGCCUUGCUACCUGAUGUGCUAUGCAUGUGGAGUGGAUUUUAGGAGUACUACAAGUCUGUACAAACACGAGAAGCGUUGCAAAGCGCCUGACGCGGACGCGGUGCUCAAAGCGCGCGCCCUUUUCCUCGGUCGGGACGGACAGAAGCGUCCCUAUCCGCCUAUUCCGUCCUCUAAAUCUUUGCAAAAAUAUUCCUGUGAUCAGUGUUCAGCCGAAUGCUUAUCGAAAAACGAACUGAUGUACCACGAAUAUUUGCAUUUUGGGAUUCGGCCGUUCCAUUGCAAAUACUGUCCCUCUGCAUACACAUCAAAGUCUUCACUUGCUCGUCACUUGAAAAAGCAUAGCAAUGUGCAGUAUAUAUGCGAUCACUGUAACCGCACUUACAAAAUUAAGGGGGUAUUCGUCAUGCAUAUGUACACACACAUGCCCGAGAAACACGUUGUAUGCGACGAUUGCGGAAAGAGUUUCCCCCAGAAGUCGACCCGCAAAACUCACGUGGACACUUGCCACCGCAAACUGCCACCCCCCUGCGCCUGCCAAAUAUGCCCCAAAAGGUUUCGUCGCACGUCAAUCCUCAGGGACCAUAUGAAAAAGGUACAUGGAAUGGAGUUAAUAAGUAAAAAGAAUUUUUUCAAAACGCUGCCAAAGUUGACGGAAAGGCAGAUUAAAAAUGCAAAAGUUGUGCUCAAGGGUGAUAAAGAAAUACCGUUUGAUAGGCAAACCCCUACCAUGAAUGAAACUAAA